AUGGGAAGCAGCUCCGAUCCCUUCACUAUGUCCUAUUCGGGACCCUUCUCUCACACACCCAUGAGUUUUGUGGAUAUGCCGACACAACCACCACCAGCUAUGACAAACCACAUGACAAACCACUGCUACUCACAGUCAUUUAUGCCACACUCUAUGGCCACAGCUUACCCUACUUUUGCCACUACUACAACUCAUAUGCCAUAUAAUUACAUACCAAACUCACUGUCAGGAGCCAACUUUCAUCAGCAACAGUCUUAUGGAUAUCAACAACAACUAUUCCAACCACCCCAUCACCAUCACUUUGACCCGAGCUUACCAACUAUGAAACAAAUGAAGUUGGAGCUUAAUGUUUUCAGUGGAGGGGACCCUGUGGAGUGGUUGAAUAAGGCUGAACAGUAUUUUGAAUUUUAUCAAGUGCCAGAAGACAGAAAAUUAACCCUUGCUACUAUGCACUUAACUGAGAAAGCCUCUGAUAGAUGGUUUAUGUUUGAACAUGAGUUCCCAAACACUUGGCUGGGGUUGGCUGAUUUACUAAUGAGAGAAUUCAGUGGCCAUAAUGUCGUUGAUUACCAAGCCACACUAGCCAGAAUGUCACAGGUUGGGAGUGUGGAACAGUAUAUUGAGCAGUUCACUAAGUUGUCUAGGAGAGCUCCGGGAUUCUCUCAACAACUUUUGCUUUCUUGUUUUUUGGGGGGCCUUAAAGAUAACAUCAGAGCAGAUGUGAAGGUCCAGAAGCCUAGGACUCUAUAUGAAGCAUGUGAGAUGGCCAAAAUAUUCGAAGAGAGAGAGUUGAACCUCAGGCAUAGCUCUAAGGGAAAUUUUGCUAACAGAAACAACCAUGUUGUUCAACCUAGACCUGCCACUAUAACAAAUGCAGGUGGCUAUUACAGAGGAGCACCACCCACUAAUCCUGCUAGGAUACAAGCUGCUCAACCAGUAGGGGCUAAUAACCAGGGUGGUGGGAGCAAGAGGCUAACUCAAGCUGAGUACCAGGAAAGAAGAGCACGAAAUCAGUGCUUCUUUUGUGACGAGAUAUUCUGGCCUGGCCACAAUUGUAGAAGGGGCCAAGCUAUGAUAAUUGAGGUCAUGCAGGAAGAAAGAGAGAUGCCAGUCCCGAAUCCAAAUGCUGAGGUGAGAGAGGUACAACACCCUGAGGAAGAAGUUGAAAAUCAGGAAGUGGAAUUGCAGGUUAUGGGGGAUGGAAGUCACACAUCAACUAUGCAACUUAAGGGGGAGGUUUAUAACAGAAAGGCACAUGUGUUAAUCGAUUCGGGAGCUUCCCAGAACUUCAUUCAUCCUGCACUUAUUAAGCAGUCUAAGGCCAAGGUUCAAUCUAUCCACCCCAUCAGAGUUCGGCUUGCUAGUGGGGCAAUUAUGCACACUAAGGGACAGGUUACACUUGAGCUAUGUCUACAACAAUUUCAUUUUUCUGCUAAUUUCUAUAUAUUACCUAUUUCAGGGUGUGAAAUCGUUCUUGGGGCUACUUGGUUGAGGACUUUAGGAGACAUAACAUGGAAUUUUGAGACCAUGAGGAUGAAGUUUCACUACAGGAAAAAGGAAUAUGCAUUGCAAGGUGAAACUGAAACUCAAGCUGUCGUGGUAGGUUGCAAGGUAAUGUCUAGGUUACUCAAGAAAGAGAGGGAAGCUAUACUAGUCCAACUCAACACGGUGAUAAAUUCCCCGACCAAGGAAACAACUCACCCUGAUAUUUUGAAGUUGAUCCACAAGUAUUCUGAGUUGUUCGAGACUCCUAGUUCUCUACCACCAGCAAGGCCACAAGAUCACAAGAUUGAGCUAGUACCUAACACAGUAGCCAUAAAUGUUCGAACCUACAAGUAUCCCCACUUUCAAAAGGCAGAAACUGAAAAGAUUGUGCAAGAAUUGUUGGAUGCAGGAAUCAUCAGACCAAGUGUAAGUCCAUUUUCAUCACCUGUAUUGCCGGUUAAAAAGAAAGAUGGAACUUGGAGGAUGUGUGUGGAUUAUAGGUCACUCAAUGCAGCUACAGUGAAAGACAAAUACCCUAUACCGGUUGUGGAUGAAUUGAUCGAUGAAGUACAUGGGGCCACUGUGUUUACCAAAUUGGAUUUACGAUCCGGCUAUCAUCAAAUUAGAAUGGCCGAGCAAGAUAUUAGCAAAACAGCAUUUCAAACUCAUUCCGGUCAUUAUGAAUUCCUAGUGAUGCCUUUUGGGUUGACAAAUGCGCCUUCCACCUUUCAAUCAGUAAUGAAUGAAGUGUUACGGGAUUACCUGAGGAGAUUUGUGUUAGUCUUCUUUGAUGAUAUCUUAAUCUACAGCCCUACCCUUGAGACACAUCUUCAGCACUUGGAGCUAGUCUUCCAACGACUAUUACAACACUCACUCACUGUGAAAGAAAGCAAAUGCAACUUUGGCACUUCAAAGGUGGAGUACCUCGAGCAUGUCAUUAGUGCGGCAGGAGUAGCUGUGGAUCCCUCCAAGAUUGAGCGCAUUAGGAAAUGGCCAAAACCAAAGAAUCUCAAACAAUUAAGGGGAUUCCUAGGGUUAGCCGGAUAUUACAGAAAGUAUGUGAGGGGGUUUGGAAUUAUCGCUAAGCCUCUGACCAACAUGCUUAAGAAGGAGGGAUUUCAUUGGACCACGGAAGCUUUGAAGGCAUUUGAGACUUUAAAGGAAGCUCUAAUAUCCACUCCAGUUUUGGCCAUUCCAGACUUCUCCAAGGAGUUUGUAAUUGAGUGUGAUGCGUCUGAUUUGGGUUUAGGUGCAGUAUUAUCUCAGGAAGGGCAUCCUGUUGCCUACAUGAGCAAGGCAUUGGCUUAA